CUGCGCAGGGCCGCGGGAGCGCCGGCGGCGGCGGCGGUUGCGCAGUGUCGCUACAUCCGGGCACUGGGGCAGGAUGAAUGCUCCUUUCCAAGAUGGCGGCGGAGGGAGGAGGGAAGGAGAUGAACGAGAUUAAGACCCAGUUCACCACCCGGGAGGGGCUGUACAAGCUGCUGAGCCACUCGGAGUACAGCCGGCCGAACCGGGUGCCCUUCAACUCGCAGGGCUCCAACCCGGUCCGCGUUUCCUUCGUCAACGUCAACGACCAGAGCGGCAACGGAGACCGGCUCUGCUUCAAUGUGGGCCGGGAGCUCUACUUCUACAUCUACAAGGGGGUCCGCAAGGCCGCGGACUUGAGUAAACCCAUAGACAAAAGGAUAUACAAAGGAACACAACCUACAUGGCAUGACUUCAAUCACUUAACAGCCACAGCAGAAAGUUCUCUUCUAGUGGGCUUCUCAGCAGGCAGGUCCAACUUUAGAUCUAUUAAAAAAGAAACUAGCAAAUUGUUUAAUGAGGAAUAAAGACUAAUAGACAAGUCCAGAGUAACCUGUAAAUGGGUACCAGGUUCGGAAAGCCUUUUCCUAGUAGCUCAUUCCAGUGGCAAUAUGUACUUGUAUAACGUGGAGCACACUUGUGGUACCACAGCCCCGCACUACCAGCUACUUAAACAAGGAGAAAGUUUUGCAGUUCACACUUGCAAGAGUAAAUCCACAAGAAACCCUCUGCUUAAAUGGACAGUAGGGGAGGGUGCCCUGAAUGAAUUUGCCUUUUCCCCAGACGGGAAGUUCUUGGCUUGUGUGAGCCAGGAUGGUUUUCUUCGCGUGUUUAACUUUGAUUCUGUGGAAUUGCAUGGUACAAUGAAAAGCUACUUUGGAGGACUGCUGUGUGUGUGUUGGAGUCAUGGGAAAUACAUAGUGACAGGUGGAGAGGAUGACUUGGUAACAGUUUGGUCUUUCGUGGACUGUCGAGUAAUAGCGAGAGGCCACGGACAUAAAUCGUGGGUCAGUGUUGUUGCGUUUGAUCCAUAUACCACUAGUGUAGAAGAGAGUGACCCGAUGGAAUUUAGUGGAAGUGAUGAGGAUUUUCAAGACCUUCAUUUUGGCCGAGAUCGAGCAAAUAGUACACAAUCUAGGCUAUCCAAAAGGAACUCUACAGACAGUCGUCCAGUAAGCGUUACGUAUAGAUUUGGUUCGGUAGGCCAGGACACGCAGCUCUGUUUGUGGGAUCUUACAGAAGAUAUCCUCUUCCCCCACCAACCUCUCUCAAGAGCAAGGACACAUACAAAUGUCAUGAAUGCCACAAGUCCACCUGCUGGAAGUGGUGGAACUAACCCGGGAAGUAAUGGAAACAGUAUCACAACACCUGGAAACUCUGUACCCCCUCCUCUUCCACGGUCAAACAGCCUUCCGCACUCUGCAGUCUCAAAUGCUGGCAGUAAAAGCAGUGUCAUGGAUGGUGCCAUUGCUUCUGGUGUUAGUAAAUUUGCAACCUUAUCGCUACAUGAUCGGAAGGAAAGACACCAUGAAAAAGAUCACAAGAGAAAUCAUAGCAUGGGACAUAUAUCUAGCAAGAGCAGUGACAAACUGAACCUAGUUACUAAAACCAAAACGGACCCAGCUAAAACUUUGGGAACACCUCUCUGUCCCCGAAUGGAAGAUGUUCCCUUGUUAGAGCCUCUUAUCUGUAAAAAGAUAGCACAUGAAAGACUGACUGUGUUAAUUUUUCUUGAAGACUGUAUAGUCACUGCUUGUCAGGAGGGAUUUAUUUGCACAUGGGCAAGGCCUGGUAAAGUGGUAAGUUUUAAUCCUUAAUGCUGCAUCAAAGAACUAGAACUCUGAAUAGGUAGUUUUCUUGAACUAUAAAUGAAUGUUGAAUAUAAAAUUUCUUUAUGCUUAAUGUAAAAAAGAAAUCCUCAGAGCCAUACUUUUGGAUACUGCAUGCCAUAUUUCUGAAUGAUUUGAAGUGUCUUGGAUACAAUUAUUAAGUAUAGUUGCCUUCCAGCAGAAGAAAUAAAUACUGUGCAUCUAAACUAUUGGUCAGUGUUCCUAUACUUAAACAUAACCACAAUAUGGUGAAAGCUGUUUAUGUAAAAUUAAAGUAAAACCUGUCAAUCACUAAAAUAAUUAUAAACCUUUUCAUGUUUUCUACAAAAUACAGCAUUCCCAGUGAGAGUAGCUUAUGAAAAGCUGCUGCUGCUUUUAAGGCUAAUGAGAAGUGUGAGCCUCUGAAAAAAGUAAAACCAAAGUGUUUUGUUCCUCCAUACUUUUCUGUGGUGGCCUGCCAUUAAUGUAAAACCACUUCUUACUAAAAUGUCAGCCAUUUUAUGCACAGAUUUGUGAGCCCUUUACUGACUGUGGCUUAUGCUCUUGAAAUUGUGAAUCAGUAUUAUCAAGAAACUCUAAUUUUUUAUUUAUGUGUAUUAAGUUAGGGAAAAUUGUGCAAGCUUUCUUUGAGUAAUUUCAGUGUUAGUUUUACUGUCAGUUUUGUUGGGCAAUGUGAUCAUUGACAAGCUCGUGCUUUUUGAUGGCACCUGUUCUAUCAGUCGAGCCUUCAUUAACACCUAUUACUAGUUUUAACUCUUGUUCUUAAUGCACCUGAACACAGAUAAAACUUAUUCUUCUGUGCAAUAUAUAGCAAGCUAAAUUUUGAAUGAUGCUAGAUGUGGUAAUUAUUUUAUUUUAAA